AUGAGUGCAACAGAGGCGGUUGUUGAGCCGAAGGCUCCCGAUGUAUGCACAGAAGCGAAUGAGAGACCCCCCACGGAGAGUGGUGUGGCUGCUCCUGUGAAGCGCCUGUUCGACCUUCUUCAGGAAGACUCCAAGGAGCGUGUGGUUCGGUUGCUGACGGCCUUUCGUGAACUCACAUUGCUGGAGCAGGAGUCACUGGCGCAGGAGAUGGGCGUAACACUCCCAAAGGAGGAGAAAUGGCGGGCACCGUGUCCUCUGAUUGCACGGCAGCCGUCUGGUCCGUCGCUGGAAGUGCGGCGCCGGGAUCCCAGUUAUGUGGCAUUGUGUCCGUCUGUAUCUUCCGCCCUCCGUGAGUUAGGAUCGAAAGAGGCUGCCCGUCGCCUCCCGGAUGCGGACUUGCGGAAGUUGGUGGAGGGGGCUCUGGGAGAGGACGGCGUGUACUUGACGGUUCCCGAGUCUGAUGGAGAAGGGUGUGCUGCUGCUUCCGAGCGGGUGGGAGUGGUGGAUGACGGCAAGCCACCGCUGCUGGUGCGCAGCCGCUGUUAUCAGGCGCUGCGGCUUGCACGCGAUGAAGAGAUCGAGACGGACGCUCAAUACACAAGGCCAAGGGUGCUGAAUGUCACUGGCAUUCCAUUGGAAGAAAGUGACGUGUGGGAAUGGUUUAACUUGCUGGACGUAGCGCGGAACGGUACUGUGGGUGUGGAUGCUUUCCUGACGAGUGUCCGUGAGCUUGAUCGCGGGUUUGGAACAAGCAGCAAGGUACAGGAAGCGUUCGAGGAUGAAUCACGUUCCCUCUCGGUCGAUGGGCAGCUCUCUUUUGAUAAGUUCGCGUAUUUGGUGACACGGUUCUCUAGGUACUAA